CCUAUUUGUUUUAUUUCUCAGGUUUGAUGGAGACGAAGAAAGAGCUGGUGAUACAGGAGAAAUUAUAUCCGAACGGACUAGCAGACGGAGGAGGAUGGGACAACCGGUUGGACGAAGCGGAGGACUUGCAGUGCGGGCUGGGCCCCUGCAAGCCGAAGUGGAUUCAGUUUUUCGCUUCGAAGCAAGCCUUCCUCGUCACUUUCUGCAUCACCUGGGUCCUCCAAGGGAUGUUCUACACGUACUUCGUCAGCGUGAUAACGACGAUAGAGAAGCUAUUUCAACUCCAGAGCAAGACGACGGGCUUUAUAAUGUCGGCGACGGAAAUGGGACAGAUCGGUUCCUCCCUUCUUCUGACCUAUUACGGCGGCCAGGGACACCGUCCGAAGUGGAUAGCCUGCGGUAUGGUGCUAUUCGCACUUUCCGCGUUCGCCUGUUCUCUUCCUCAUUUCAUGUUCGGACAGCAGAUGCUCACUGAAAACAGCUCUGUCUUGGUGCCCCCGAACACUUGCCGUCUCGACUCGUAUCUAGCACUCAACAGUUCGAUCUACGACGACCAGUGCAAAGAGGAAUACCUCGUCGAACAAAGGAUCCAGUCUAAGAUCACAACUCUAGUUUUAGCGAUAUUUUUUAUUAGUCUUUUAGGCGUAGGUAUGGGACAAACAGCCGUGUACACGCUCGGCAUUCCGUACAUAGACGACAAUGUCGCUAGUAGAGAAAGUCCCCUUUAUUUUGCCAUUACGAUAGGAGUAAGGAUUUUGGGACCCGCGUUGGGGUUCAUACUGGGUUCUCUCUGUACGAGGUUGUACGUCGAUCUAUCCCUCGACCCACAGAUCACACCGACCGACCCCAGAUGGGUCGGUGCAUGGUGGCUCGGACUAGUCAUGAUAUCAAGCUUGUUGAUACUUUCGUCGUUGGCUAUGUUCUCCUUUCCGAAAAGGCUGAGCACCUGCCGGCCAAUAGCCCCGUCGAAAAAACACCCUCGGGAUAAACCGAGAAAGAAUCCGAGCCUGAGGGACUUUCCAAAGGCGGUGAAAAGGCUCCUUAAAAACGACAUACUCAUGUUUCGAACGGCCAGCUCUGUCUUGCACAUACUUCCCAUUGCGGGCUUGUACACAUUUUUACCUAAAUACCUCGAAUCCCAGUUUAGACUAACCGCUCACGACGCCAACAUGUUCUCAGGCGUGGGUGGAAUUCUCGUAAUGGGCCUCGGGAUAAUUCUCUCAGGGGUCUUCAUCCUGAGAGUUAAGCCGAACGCAAGGUUCGUCGCUGCUUGGAUCGCUUUCACUGCAGUAAUUUACGCUAUAGGAAUGGGGAUUUUAAUGUUCAUGGGAUGCCCAAUGACCGAUUUCGUCGGUCUUAAAAGAGAGACCAGUUUGUCUAGAUUUGAGCCUGUCUGUGAUAGCGGUUGCAAGUGCGACUACAACAAAUUCAACCCGAUUUGCGGGAAAGACGGUAAGACAUAUUUUUCAGCGUGCCACGCCGGAUGUCAGAACGUUACCAUUAUCGACGGGAAAGAAGUCGAGUUCUCAGAUUGCCUCUGCAUGGACAAUUACGAUCCCGGAGGUCAGCCGAACAAGGCGAGCGUCGGCUACUGCAAUUUAGAGUGCGGAAACUUCAUCUGGUACAUCCUUCUCUUCUCGCUCUUCGCUUUCGUACAUUCGACUUCAGAAGUCGGUAGUAUGCUCCUUAUAUUAAGGUGCGUCGAUCCGACCGACAAAGCCAUGGCCUUGGGAUUAAUCCAAUUUGCUAUUGGUCUAUUUGGGAAUGUGCCAUGCCCUAUAGUGUAUGGUGCCGUGGUGGACUCAGCCUGCCUUAUAUGGGAGACGACCUGUGGAAAACAGGGGGCUUGCAAACUCUACGAUGAAAACUUCUUCAGGAUGUUCUACCACGGUACGACUGGUGCUAUUCUUCUAUGUGCGUUUUUGGUCGAUGUAAUUGUUUGGUAUAAGGCUGGCAGUAUAAAUUUUGUUGAUGAACAAGUUACCGAACAAGAGGAUGAAUUAAAUCCUUUCACUGGAAAAUCUAGAUCUGAAACAAGUGUAUAGGAAUGAUCUGCAAAGCUCAGUUUGUGACUGACAUCGUUCUUCUUUGAAAACGACCUCAAUAUCAUUUUGUCGCUGUAUAGAUAAA